UGCCGCCUCCAAACCGCGACGGGGGACGGCGCCAAGACCUUCGUGCUGCUGCUGGCUGCCGUGUUGGGCGCGAUGCGGGAGGGCUCCCUGCGGCGGGCGGCGCGGGCGCUACCGGCCUUCGAGCGGCGGGUGCUGGAGCGCGCCGUGGCGGGGGGCCUGAGGCCGCACCUCCGCAGCGCCUUCCCCGCGGGCGGGCCGGAGGCGGAGCUGGAGGCGGUGGCGCUGGAGGCGCUGCUGGAGGCUUAUCUGCGGGGUCGGCUGGGGCCGGGCGAGCGGCGCGCCGUGGCACUGCUGGGCUGCGAGCUGUGCACCCGCUGCGGGGCGCGCCGCCCGCCCGCGCUGCGCCUCCUCUGCCGCCGCUUCGCGCAGCUGCACGCCGCCGCCGCCGGGCUGCCCCUCGCCCGCUCCAGGAUCCUGCCCGGCGUCCUGCUCCGCAGGGACUUCGCCGUCUACUGCCCGGCCGGCGACCGGCUGCGCGCAGUGCUGGUCACCCGCUGCCUGCGGCCCGUGCUCGCGGCACCCGGCGUGGAGUGCGCGGUGCGAUCCGAGCGGCAGCACCGGGCCGCGCUGCGCUGGUGCGGCGGGAGAACGGAGGCCGUGAUGGAGCGCCUGCGGAGCAGCGGCGUGAGGCUGCUGCUGUCCGGCGUGAAGCAGCACGAGGAAGUUAUCUACUACGCGAAAUUACACGGUGUGUCCGUGGUGGAGUGUUUGUCAUCGGAAGAAGUGGCCCUUAUCUCUGAAAUCACAGGAAUCUCGCCCUAUGACCCUGCCGGUGAUAGCGUGCAGAGGGAGAUCACAGAGGCUGCAGUGGUAACCUUCUGCCAGCCCCUGCUGCUGGGCUCCCAGCGGUAUGCGCACAUUGGCUUCAGCAGCGUGGGCGCCUUCCAGCCCCACUGCCUGGUUCUGUGCGCUCCUGUCGAUGCCGUUAACGAGCAGCAUGCUGCCGCUCUGCACGGGGCCUUCACCAUGCUGCUGCAGCUCUUCAGAGAGGUGGGUCAGCAGUGCGGAGAUGAGAGCCGGAAUGGUGCCUCAGGUGUUGGGAGCGGGUAUUGUCCAGCUACUGAAACGCAGGUGGUGAUAGAAAGUAUUGCUUGUGGCAGCAGUCAGGUUUCUGAGCAUCAGCUGGGAGGCUGCAGGGGUGAAACAACAGCACAGAGUUCAGAUUUUGCUUUGCAGGAAAGCGAACAUCCUGAUUGUACGCCACCAGCCUCAGCUCCUGGCCCACACAGCAAGGAGCUGAAUGUCUGCACCGGUGGGACUGACUCAGCAGGGACACACAAACUGUGUGAGUGUGCAGAUGGGAUGAACGAGAGCCACCGAAGGCACCCAGUGGUGUGCAGUCACAGGAAUCACAGCACUGCUGUAGUCAGCACUGCUACCCUGUGUGAGCACCUAGGUGUCGAUAAAGGCUUAGAGAAGGCUGGCAGUGGUGUUACACAGAGUUGUCCCUGCUCCGUCCUAGAAGCAGGAUCAGUUCUGCCAGUAGGAGGUUACUUUGAAAUCCUGUUACAUUAUUAUAUUCGGCAUUAUGCAAAGCAGGUUCAGCAGUCAGCAGUUAUUGUCAUAUCUAAUGUAGUUGCUGAUGCUUUGUUAAGUAUUCCAAAGGCCUUAUAUGGAACAGAACGGAACGGCUUUACCAAGUUUUAUCUUGAAACCACAGAAGCACUCAGGAAGAAUCAGCCCCUGCCUGUGAAUGAGAAAGGCUUGGAAUCAGUGUAUUGCAAAUACCAGUUGGUAACUUCAGUUCUUCAUUGUGCUACAGAGCUUCUCAAUAUUGAUUUAAUCAUUGGUGUUAAGCGGCCACCACAGAAAAUUGAGGAUAAUGAUUCGGAUGACGAUUGCUGAAAUUAUCCACAGACCUAACGUACUUCGUAGAAGUAGAGGAAGAAAGAGGCUGACAGUUGGGAUCUGUGUAGAUCUAUCUCCCUGCAGCCCGUGGGCACUGCACAGGGCAGAUCUCCACUUGCGCCGUGGAGGAGCCUGCAGUGCACCAGGAUGAGGCCUGAAGGAGGCACUGCCCGUAGAUGUGCCCCUGCAGGAGCAUCCUGUGCUGGAGCUGCAGCCUGUAGAGAGGGGCCCAUGGUUGGGCAGGAGGGUUGGGGAGCCGCCGCUCAUGGGGACGUGGCUGGAACAGUGCACUUCUGAAGGUGGGCCCUGUGUUAGGGGCUCUGUUGGAACAGAGCUUGGGGAGCUGGGGCCUGUGGGAAGGACACCUGGAGCCGGGCAGGGAGCGGCCAGGCCUGACUGGACUGACUGCAGCCCCCCUUCCCUGCACUGCUUGCAAGGAGGAAACAGUAGAACGAAGGCUGAAGCUGAGUGAAAACGGAAAGGGCUGAAGGUGUCAUCAGUUUGUUGUUUUUUUGUUGUUAUCGUUUUCACUGUCCUACUUUGUUAUUAAUUGGCAAUAAAUUAAAUUAAUCUUCCUCAAGCCAAGUCUGUUUUGUACGCAACAGUAAUUAGUGAGCAGGCUCCCUCCCUAUCGUCCCAUGGUGUUGUUCCCAAUUUCUACUCCAUCCUGCUGAGGGAGCACCUGCAUGUUCACUGAAGAGAUUUAUUUAAGGAAGAACAAGGGACAGUAAUUUUUUCUUCUAGUAGAAUCAUUUCUGAUAUGUGCAGAAGAGUGGGUGUGGAAUUAAACACAGAGGAGAGAAAAUUACACUCCUGACAGCUCAGUAAUGCAACAACUGGCCCAAGCUGAGCCCACAGAGCUCCCUGCUCAGACAGGCCCAGAGCUGGGAGCUGCUUGCAGGCAUUAUUUUAUACCAUUAUUACAUCUGCACAAUUACAUAAAAAUUUUUUUAUUAUUAUUUUUUUUUUAUUUUUUAUUUUUUCCUAACAAUUCUUUCAUCUGGCACCUGACCCAUCUCUGGUAAAAGCUCUAGAGUCUGAAGGCUCUUUGAGUUGAGUGCUGUAUUUCAUUGACUUCCCUGCUAUUUUCUAUUUGUGAAUGAUCCAUUCUUACUUUUGAUCCACAGUUUCCCCAGUUUUUCUUGAGAGUUCCCAAAAUGGCGCUCCUUUUCCUCAGAGAAUAUCAGGAAUAGUGUCUUUGCUGGGGUGGGUACAUGUUUGGUACGUGGCCAUUCAGUUUCCAGCCCUGGGGUCUGAGUUGGGUGUGAGAGAUGCUCCGGGGGAAAAGCAGAAGAACGGGAUCCCUCCUGGAGCCAACCCUUUCCCAAGGCAACCUGCUCAGCCUGGGCACCCUCUCACUGCUUCUUGGUACCUCCUCCUUCACUGCAAUUCUUUGUGUAGCUCUUCCAAAUUUUAGAGCUCUCUGUAAACGUAUUCACUCUUUGAGAGCUGACAUGGAGAUGA